AUGCACUUACACCCACUAAUCAAGCACCACGCACCACGUCCCUCUUCUCCCCUAUUUGAUCCUUGUCCCCCUGCUCUUCCCUCUACCCCUUCCUCCCUGCUCUCCGUCGCACACUCACCUUCCCCCACACAACCCACCCCACCGCCCGCCCAUUCACCUGGAGUGGCGCUGAUUGAGGAGGGAACAGCAGCAGUGGUUCCCCAAGUUCGACCCCCAAUGUCUGCCCAUUAUCCCCUCCCUCCCCCACCUCCACUCCCCCGCACCCCUCGCAGUGAGUGCGUUACCUGGUGGCGCCUGCCUGUGGUGGCGCACAUGCCGACUCACAAGGUGGUGGCGCACAUGCCGACUCACAAGGUGGUGGCGCACAUGCCGACUCACAAGGUGGUGGCGCACAUGCCGACUCACAAGGUGGUGGCGCACAUGCCGACUCACAAGGUGGUGGCGCACAUGCCGACUCACAAGGUGGUGGCGCACAUGCCGACUCACAAGGUGGUGGCGCACAUGCCGACUCACAAGGUGGUGGUGGUAUACGGUGUUACGCGGCAGCCAUGA